CUUGGUCGGCAAUCGACAUGGCAGGGUACCGAUCGUUGGCGACACAGUUGUUUGAACAGACGAAACUGCCGCCCUCGUCCUCGACCGCCGCGGAAGACGCGAUGGUGUCAUUGAACCAACGCCUGGACAUGGACCCCGACCUCGAAGACAUGGACGAUAUCGACGCAUUGAACGACGCGUCGGACGCGGAGAAGCAGGUGCUUGUGAUGUCCGAGACGAUCGACCUCUUGCGACGGCAUUUAGAGAGUCAACGGAAGGAGUUGCAGGCGGCGUACAAGACGCUUCGGGAGUACGAAGAGAAAAAGACCGACGAGCAUGUCAAGGCGCUGGAGAACCAGUCCGCGCACACCAACUACGAGAAGGACCUGCGCGACUUGCGAUUCAACCUCGAGUUGAAGCACGUCGCCCUGCACGAAGCCACGGUGGAGAAGGAACAAACGCUGCUGGAAUUGCACAAGUACAAGGCGUUGACGCGGGAGCUCAGCGACAAGUUGGAUCGUCUGUCCAAUGUGCAAAACAUGUACCACAUGUCUCUCAACCAAGCGUCCGUGGGCGCGUCCUCGUCGCACUCCAUGCAGAGCAGCCUCGCUUAUGUGCCCAAGAGCGAGCGCUUUGACGCGGCGCCGCUCGUGGACAGCGGAAGCGACUUUUGGAAACAUCAAUGGAAGGAUGCAUUGAAGGCGCGCAAGACCACCCCCGUCCGGACCACAGCCAUGCAAGCUCCAUCAUCGCAGCAACAGUACCACCAUGCUCCUUCGUCGACGAUGGAACCGACGACCAAAACGCCAUCCAUGAAGAUCUUUUCGUCGCCGCCGCACGGAAAACGAGGGUACUCGGAUCGAGAUGAGCGGCUCCCUGUGCACCGGUUCAUCGGCCUUAACAGUCGACAGAGCCAACUCGUCAAGGAAUGCUACAAGGUCGUGGGCAACAAGUCCUAGGAUAGUUAAUAUAUCGUGCGUCAUGUGUUCACUUAGCGGUAUGAACAUGUGUACACAUGUAUGGAGGCCACAUUCUGUUGCAUCCGCGUGGCCUGUCGCGAAGAAAGCGCUUGACUGUC